CAGGCCCUAAAACGAAAAUAAAUCAUUAAAAAAAAAAACUCUCCUCAGUAUUCUUUACUUCUCGAUAUCGCGCCAUGGCGGGGACCUUCGAGCUCUGCAAUGGCGAGAGAGCCGUCGUCUUCCUCUUCAUUUCCCGCGUCCUCUUCUCGAUCCCUCUCUCUUUGCUCUACGAGGCGUUUGCCCUAUGUUUGCUCGCGAUCGCAGGCCUCGCCGUCGAGAUCUCAGCGGAGAAUUCGAAAGCCGUAAAUUGCUUCAAACAGAGGCCCGGUGCUUCAUCUGGAAUACUACUUGGUGCGGUUACACUUCCUACUGUUAUGUUAUCGCGAUUGAUACAAAUGUCAAGAGCUAUAUCAGUGAAUGAUAUUGAACUCGAAGGGAGUGCAUAUUUGAGUACACAAUAUUGGGCUGCAUCGGCAAGCUGCUUUGGUGUGCUUAUCUUCAUCUAUCAAACGCUGCAACAGUCUCCCACAGCCACAUGUCGUCUGAAUCUAUGGCAUUCUAGAGCUUCAAAAUUUAGCUUGUUGUACACAACUGCUUACGCACUAACAUACUAUCUGUCUUUUGCAAGAAAAUCAUACAGUGGAUGGUGUGCUGCAUUUGAUUUAUUGUGGUUGCUUAUUCAUGGGCUAGUAACUGUGAUACUUAUCCAACAUAUUCUUCAGACAUUUCCAUCCUGUGCCUCAAUAGGCGAAGCACUCCUUGCUUCUAGUGGUUUGGUUCUCUACUUCGGCGAUAUGCUGGCUUAUACUUUGUCAAAGAUCAGCACAUUCCUAUUUCCGCAACUGAACUUUGUUCAAAUUGGAAAUGGAAGCGAAAUAAGCACAGUUAUUCAGGGAGUACUGUUGGGUAUUCUUCUUUUGCCCACAUUUUACAAAUUUGCCCUUCGAAUUUGGUCACACUUCACAAAUCCCACAAAGUCUGCAGAGCAAGAAGUGGGAAGAUGUAGAAUGAUUGGGAAAUCUGUUUUAUUUUAUGUUUCUCUGUUUGUCAUGUUAACUAUGAUAGUUCCUGCAUGGAUGUACUUCAUUCAGGAUUUUCAUGUGCAUCCUGUGCCGUGGGUUUUUAUUUUUGUGUUCUCUGAGCCACUUAAACGGAUGGCGUUAUGCAUGUACUGGAUAUCUGUGAUCUGUGUUUCUGUUUUGCGAUUCUACAAUAUUUCAAAGCACAGCAAGAUAGAGAGGAUCCUUCUCCGGAAGUACUACCAUAUGGUAGCAGUUAUAAUGUUUUUGCCCGCUUUUCUCUUUCAGCCAUUAUUUCUCGAUCUAGCAUUUGGUGCAGCUUUGGCAGUUUUCUUGGUAUUAGAAAUGAUUCGAGUUUGGAAAAUUUGGCCCUUGGGAAACAUUGUGCAUCAGUUCAUGAGCGCUUUCACUGAUCAUCGUGACUCGGAAAUUCUUAUCAUUAGUCACUUUUCUCUCCUGCUGGGUUGUGCCCUUCCAAAAUGGAUGUCGUCUGGGUUUAACGAUCGACCUCUCACGCCCUUUGCUGGGAUUUUGAGUUUGGGUAUCGGUGAUACCAUGGCAUCAAUGGUUGGCCACAAGUAUGGUGUUCUUCGUUGGAGCAAAAAUGGCAAAAAAACAAUUGAAGGCACUGCAGCUGGCAUAACUUCUGUCUUGGUGGCAUGCUCGGCACUCCUGCCUCUUCUAGCAUCCACUGGUUACGUACCAUCCCAGCAUUGGUUUUCACUGCUUGUGGCAGUUACUGCGAGUGGUUUAUUGGAAGCAUACACGGCACAGCUUGACAACGCUUUUAUCCCUCUUGUAUUCUACAGCCUUCUCUGUCUCUGAAACAGUGAGUCCAUGAUCUACUUCAAAUUCGUUACAUGUAUAUCAUUUCUGUUUACUUAUUUAACCCAAUUUUUUAUACGGCACCUUGAGCACUCCUGUAUAGAGAUGGCAAGUCGGCCAAUAGAUUGUAGGCAAAUCAGAUCAUAGCUCAGAAGAAUUAAUUUGUGUUAUUACGAUGUUACAGUGAUACAACGAUUUCCUUCUUGUAUUAUUCAAAGCUUACUAUAUGACCACACGAACUGCUCAAGAAUGUAAAUAAUAGUUACCGCUUGUAGAAUCAGUUGCAUACAUCAGUCAACCUUAAUUUGUUUUGUCUUU